CAUGGCACCAAUUUCGCGCGAACGGCCGCCAAAACACACACAUAUAUACGGACACGCGCAUACACUCACAUGACGCGUAUAACGCGCGCACACGCGCCGAGCGCUUUAGCCGGUCACUGGUACCAUCGUUUCUGUCAGUUCACCACGAGACUACUGUACGCAUUUGACUCGCACAUUCGACACUGCUGUCACUGGCUCUACCACAAUUGACACUUCUACUACUCCAUCCCUCGUAUAACGCGUAUAAAAUAAUCUGUUUUUUGCAACUUCGGGUCGGUAAAUACUGUAUAAACAAGGAACGUGGUAAAUAUAUUUCGUUAUACAGACGUUAAGUUUUUUUAUUAAGAUCGAUUAAGUGGAUUGGAGGUGACUUAUAUUUAAGAAAAAGAUCAAACACAAAAAUCACACGUGUUGGCACGUUUCCACGCGCUUCUUCGCAAAAACGAAGUAUAAUGGCGGCUUUUGUGGCGAAACAAGUAGUCGGAAACAAAUUAAAUGCUGUAAAAGGAGCAGUUGGUGAUGGCGGUGAAUCGUCUGAGGAUAAAGAAAAAAAUGCAGAAGCUGAACGUGAACGAUUGGAAGCUAUCAGAGAAGCUGAAGAACGACGCAAAGAAAAACAUCGCAAAAUGGAAGAAGAGAGGGAAAAAAUGAGACAAGAAAUUCGUGAUAAGUACAACAUUAAAAAAAAAGAAGAAUUACCAGAUCCGACUCAAGAAGAAACUUCAAAUCCUUUGAUGCGCAAAAAAAAAACACCUGAAGAAUUAGCAAAAGAGGCGGAAAUGGAAGAAGAAGAUGAAUUCACAAAGUUCAAAAAUACUAUUGAAACACAAGUGAAUGAACUAAAAUCACAAAUUGAAAGCAAAUGCAGUUUGCAAUGAUUUAUCUUCAAUUUUUUUAUGGAGGUUAGUUACAAAAGUAAAUUUGUUGAAAUUUAAUGAAAAAUUACAUGUAAUGUGGUUUAAUUACAUUACAUAAUGUAGAGUGUUAUUAUCUAAACAAAAAAAAAAGUUUUACAUAGAAUAUAAAUUAUUAUUAUUGUUGUUGUUGUUAUUGUAUUACAUUUCUAAAAGUUAAAUUAGAUAUUUGGAAUUACAAAUAAUGUUAUCUUAGUAUAAUAUUGUUAUAAAUUAUAUUAUUAAACAUAUGUUAGAUACUUAUUUCAAAUUUUUUUAAAAUUCUUUUUAAAACACAAUUAAAAUUUGUUGUAUUUUUCAUAUUUUUUAAGUGUAAAAUUGAAAACAAGUAUAUAAUACUUGGACAAUUUCAUUACAAUUUUAAAUUUUCUUAAACAGUCCCAUUGCUAAUUAAAAGUUUGUAUGGUUAUUUAUAUUAACAAAAAUUUUGUUUUCUGUUUUUAACCAAACAAUGACAAUAAGAUGUUUUAAAGUAUUUUUUAUAUUGUCAUUUUUUUUUCUAUAAACAAAAAUUCCAAAAUUAUAAUUAUUAUUUGUAGUAUUAAAGUAUAUUUUUAUUAUUUAUGUUUUAAUUAAGUUUAUAUGAUUAUUUAUUUUUGUAAAAUUAAGGGGUUUGCUCUAGUCAACCUGUUUGUCAAUUAUAUAGAAUUUUUUUAAAUUUAAAUAUUUUUGCAAAGUGUUUGAAAAAAUAUUUACAUAAACAGAACUGGAUCAAAUAGGAAACAAGUCUUCUAAUAUAUUUCAUAGUAUUUUUUGAGGGACUCUAAUAUAGAAUAUUUGGAUUCACGUAAAUUAAACUUCAUGAAAUCCCGCAGCAUCUACAAAAUAUACUGUAUUUCUGCAUAGAUUAACAAGUAAUUACACUACUUAUAUGACAUUACAUUAUUAAAUUAACAGAUGGGAUAAUGCUUACAGUUAUUGACAUCUUAAAAUAAAUCUUUAAGAUUGAAUCAGUAUUUUUAUUAUGACACCUUAGUUGAAUAUUUCUUUCAAGUUUUUUUUAAUUAAAAAUUUUUAUUAUAAUUCAAAUGCACUUAUCAAAGUUUGUAUAAUUUCAAUUCUUUUUUUUUUUGUAAUAAUAGUUUUUAAAAUUUUUUUUAAUGAUAUAAUUAGUGGUUCCUUGAGUUUUUCAAUUACAAUUGUUAAUAAUUAGUGUUCAAUUCUGAUAGUAAUUAGUAAUAUUUUUUAAUUAAAUAUAGUAUUUUUCAAAGUUGAAACAAGUAAAAAAUGAAAUAAUUAGUGAAUAUAUAAAAAAUAUUGUCUAAUUAUACUAAAUUAUUUCAAAAUCUAUUAUAGCUUUAUUUAUCAAUAAAAUUGUUAAAAGUGUACCAAUAACUAUACAAUUUAAUCUACAUUCAUCUUCAUAUAAAUUUCCUGAAUGUACAUUGAUUUUUUUUCAUUAUUUUUUAAAUCCAAUUAUUUAAUAAUUGAAAUCACGCCAAUAGGAUGUAAACAUUUGUGUCAAAAAAAUUGAACUACCAACCUAAAAAACUAUCUUUUUUAGAGGAUACAUUAAAGGGUACAGCAAAAUUUUUUGUUAAAGGGUAGCCUUGGGUUUUCAUAUGACUAUUAUAAUAAUUUCAUAUCUAGUAACUACAAUAUUUAUCUAUGUGUAUGAUUUCUCAGAAUAAUAAAAUACUAUAUUUACAUAAAUGUUAACGUUGAAUUUUUAAAGUAAUAUUUGAUGUAACAAAAUAAAUAAUCAUUCUUUAUUAUUAUUAUUUUAUAUAUAUGGUAGAUUUAAGUUAAACUCAAAUAUAAUAUUUGCUUAUUGAAUUUGUACUUUUAUUUAAAUUUCAUUAGCAUAAGUUGUGUAGAUUUUUAUUAGUUUGUUAAUGCUAAGUUUUCUUGAUAAUUUUAAUUUUUUCCUUUAAUUAAAUUUCAUAAAGAAAUUAAUUAUAAUUAAAGUUUACAGACCUUUAAUUUUAAAAUCAUAAUAUUUUAUUUUAUAAUCAAUUAUUAAUGAAAUACUGUGAGCUCAAAAUACCUUAUUAAGUUAUUUUAACUUAUAUCUCCAGCAGUAUAAUCAUUUAUUUAAGUUAAUGUAAUAAAAUAUAUCUAUUUCUUCGCUUUUUAUUUUGUAUAUAAAAUAAAAAUAGUUACGUAAUAACAAUAAACUUCUUUAAAAAUUCUAAACAUUAUCACUAAUAAACAUGAUUAAUGUUAAACCGUAUAUCUAAAAAUAAUUCCAAGAAAUAUUUAGAUAAGUUGUUGCUAUAUAAAAUCCAAAAUGAUAGACUAUUUAAAUCGUCCUUAUUAUUUUACUAUAAUUUUUUAAUAUUUAUUUUGUAAAAAAAAAUUAAAUCGUCUAGUUUACAAAUAUCAUUUCAAAUUACUUUUAUAAAUUAUGACUAUUUAAUAAUGUAAAUGGACCAAAAUAUAUUAUUAUUAAAUGUUAUUUGACAACAAAUUAUUAAUUAAUGAAUACAAUUUUUGAUUAAGUGUAUUAAAGUAAGCCUGAUAAUAGUGUAAAUUAUUAAACAUUUUUAGAUAGUAUAGUUUUACUAAGAGAAAAAAUACACAAAUAUACAUUUACUAAGGCAUUUAUAAUUCUAUGUUACUGUUUAAAUCAUUAUUGUAAUUAAAAUGAAAAUCAUAGUAUAACUUUGAUAAUACUGAUACUAAUUAAAACUAUUAGUUAUCAUAUAUUUAAGUGUAUUAAAUUCAGUUUCAAUUCUGGAUUCUAAAUUAAUAAAAAUUACUUAUCUGUAAAUUAUCCAUCCGUUUAAUUUCUCAAUUAAAUUAUUAUCCUAAAAAAACUGAAUCUAAUAUAUAAUUAUUUAUUUCAGUAAUAUUUUAUGAGCUCAAAUAAAAAAUAUGGGUGGUAAACUUUUUUAUUCAUAAAACUUAAUUUUUUUAAUAGGUACAUUUAAUAAGCUUUUAUUAAUAUUUAGUUAAAAUUAUUUAAAUUUGUCCCUCUUUAUAAUCCUCAAUAAAAAAAAAUAUUAAUUAAAUUUUUUAAAAAUGUAUUUGUAGCUUUUUGUUAUCUGAGUUUUAAAUAUUUUAAAUUAUUUACAUACCUAUUAAACCAUUAUAAUCACUAAUUUCAUAUUUGUACUUAGUUUACUUUAAAGCUUCAUACUAAAACUUAUUGUUCUUAAUUUUUUCAUACAUAUUAAUAUUUCAUUUCUUAAUAUUAUUUAGUAACCUAUAAAAUGUUUAUAGUUAUACCACACUUCAGGUAUAUUUCGCUUGUCCUUAUGGUUAUUUAUUUAUUGUGGACGUUUACAACUUCAUCUUCAACAUUGUUGAUCAUUUAUUAUACUGAUUUCAAAUUAAUUAUUCUCAUUAAUUAAAUAAAAACUAAAUUAAUUACCUUUCUUUAUAAUCUCUAACUAUAAAUCAUUUUUAUAUUGUUUUAAAAUCAGGCUGUGACUUUUCGGAAGAAAUAAUAAUUUAUGUUUGUCAUUGUUUAUAAUUUUAAUACCAAUGUAUUAUUCACCAAUUGUGUAACACGUAAUUUCAUAGACUGCUCAAAAUUAUCUAAAUUAUUAUUAGAAAAUUAUUAAUUAAAAUUAAUUUGUACUUAAUGUAUAUUGAAUUUAUGUAUAAUAGUAUCGUUUAAAACACAGAAAUGGUUAUUUAAUAUAAAUCGUACAACAAAAUUAAAAAUGUUUAUUAUUAAUUGAAAUAAUAAUACAAAGAAAUUCUGAUCCACACGAUCCACAAUAAUUUAAAAAAAAAAACAUGCGGAAUUAAUGUACAAUUUAAUAUAGCUUAAUGUAGUCGUAAAUUGUGAUUAAUUUGUAAAAAGGUAUUUUGCCGUUAAGUUGUUAAAGUUAGAUGUUGUUUCUUAGAUGGAUAAAUUAUAAUUUUAAGUGUUCAAUGUUAUUAUAAAUAUAUAGCUUUAAAAAAUCUUAGUCGAGUAAAUAAUUAAUAUUUUGAAAUAAUAACAAUUUGACAGCCAUAGUUGCUUAAUUUAUCAUAUAUAUAUAUAUAUAUAUAAUACAGGAGGAACAGAACUAACUCACCAAUUGGAUUGAAAAAAAAAUUUGAAAUGCUGAUAAUAAUUUUAGGGUGAGUAGUUAUAAAGUUAUAAGAAUUGUAAUACAUAAGGAGUUAGUUAAAUUCAUUCCUCGCUAUUUGUAUAUAUAUAUAUAUUUAUAAAAGUAAUAAAUGAUUUUCAUUCAUGUUAAACAUUCAUGUAUAACUUAUGAUUAGUCUGUUGAUUGUUUUAUAGAUAUUUAAAAAUGUGUAUGAACUAAAUUAAAAGAUUGUUUUAAAUA